CCUCCUUCGAACAACUCCAUUCUAGCAUCUACAAACCUCCAUUCGGGAGGCAUUUGUGCCUUGACUUUUGGAAGUGUCCGUCUUUGAGGUAGAGGAGCAGCUUCUGGGAUCGUCCUCAGGAGUUUCAGGCUCCACGAUAGAGCACUUGUCAGUCUAGGUGCAGCUGCUUGUAGAGACCCCUCUGAAAUAAGUAAUGCUUUGUGCUGCUCAUAAAUCGCCAUGAAUGUGCUAAACGACUCAUGCGUGUCCAUUAAAGACAUUAAGACCGGGCAGAAAAACUUAAAUGUCAUCUUUAUUGUCCUGGAGAUAGGCAGAGUUACAAAAACUAAAGAUGGUCAUGAAGUGAGGUCCUGCAAGGUGGCAGAUAAAACGGGCAGCAUCACAGUCUCAGUGUGGGAUGAAAUUGGAAGCCUUAUUCAGCCAGGAGACAUAAUUCGCUUAACAAGAGGGUAUGCAUCAAUGUGGAAAGGAUGUCUAACACUGUAUAGUGGAAGAGGAGGGGAACUUCAGAAAAUAGGAGAAUUUUGCAUGGUGUAUUCAGAAGUGCCAAACUUUAGUGAACCAAAUCCAGACAUUGCCAACCCACAACAGAAAGCAAAUCCAAAUAAAACUGUGCAUAUGGAUCAAAGCAGUAACUCCCCACCAAACACAGGUAAUGGGCCACAGCAUGUGCCAGGAUCUUUAAACUUGUUUCCUAAUCAUGCGCCUUCAUAUAGUAACAAUGGUAGAACAAAUGGGCGUGGACCCAUAAACCAGCAGACAACUGCUCCACCGGCUAAUCCUGCUCAGCCAACAGUUUCCGCCAUCAGCAAUGGAAAAGACCCAAGAAGAGCAAAGAGAUGACAUGUAUAUGCUAAUGUGUACCCUGCUAAAUGACAUCCCACACUCUUUAAGUUGUCAGCAGCCUGUGGCUUUCCAGUUAUGGCUGAACUACACUUUCUAGCAUGACCUGCCAGGACACAGUGGGAGUUGUAGUUCUGCGACAGCUGGAGAGCCACAUUGCAGACCACUGCUCUACUUGAACACUUAGUGCACUUUUAUUUAUGGUUAAUGUGAAGAGUUUGAUCUCUUAACCUAUUUUGUAUCUCAUAGUUGCGUUUCCAGAUGGUAUAUCCAAUUGCUGAGUAAUCAUCAGGAGAAUAUUGAUGUAUAGAAUUUUGAUGAACUGCCACACUGGACCAAAUUGGACUUGCAGAGUGAAGUCUGCAUUCACCUGGGGAUUGCAGGGAACAUUUAUUCUCCUUAAUUAUGCCCAAGUUCACACUUAAAGGUGUUGUCCCAGUUUUUAUUUCUUCUUUAAAUUCCACAUCCAACAGGACCUGUGAAGGGAAGUAUACUUACCAUGUCCCUGCUGUUCUGGCUCUGAGGGUCCCAGGCUGCCUUGACUACACUUCUGGUCAGCUCUGCAGCCACUGAUGUGCUGCCUGGAGAUGCAUCACCACUGAGGCCAGUCAAUGGCAGCAGCGCCACAAAUGACCCAGUCUGUGCAGGAAGGGGACAUUUGGGGACCGGAAGUGGAAUAAACAUGGAGCUGGAAUCCAGCAGCAGGGAGCAGAUAAGUAUACUUUACAGUUUCCACUAUGUGGGGGAAUUACAAAUU